GAGAAACACUCGUAGGGGCGGCUGCGGCUCAAUGGGAUGUUGACUGGCUUCUCCUCUUGCCAGCGCUGUGGAGCCGGGUCAGAAGCCUCCACCGGGGCCGCUCCUCCGGCUGCCUCUCCGGAAUGAGGCCUCAGUUCCCGCGCAGGACGGCUCCCUUUUUCUUCCGAGAGAACCCAAGGAGAGGCCGAAGCCGAGACGAUGCCUGGGAAGCUGAAGGUGAAAAUCGUGGCCGGGCGCCAUUUGCCGGUGAUGGACCGAGCUAGUGACCUGACUGAUGCCUUCGUGGAGGUAAAAUUUGGUAACACCACCUUUAAAACAGAUGUGUAUCUCAAGUCCCUCAACCCUCAGUGGAACUCAGAAUGGUUUAAAUUUGAGGUGGAUGAUGAAGAUUUACAAGAUGAACCUCUCCAGAUCACAGUUCUUGACCAUGAUACAUAUAGUGCAAAUGAUGCCAUUGGUAAAGUGUACAUUGACAUUGAUCCUUUACUCUACAGUGAGGCUGCAACAGUCAUCUCAGGAUGGUUUCCAAUUUAUGAUACCAUUCACGGUAUCCGUGGGGAAAUCAAUGUAGUUGUCAAAGUAGACCUCUUCAAUGACUUAAAUCGAUUUAGGCAGUCGUCAUGUGGAGUCAAAUUCUUUUGCACGACAUCUAUUCCAAAGUGCUAUAGAGCUGUAAUAAUUCACGGAUUUGUAGAAGAACUUGUGGUCAACGAAGACCCAGAAUAUCAAUGGAUUGAUCGAAUUCGCACACCAAGGGCAUCAAAUGAGGCCAGACAGAGACUCAUUUCUUUAAUGUCAGGUGAACUGCAGAGGAAGAUUGGCUUGAAAGUACUUGAAAUGAGAGGAAAUGCAGUUGUUGGGUACUUACAGUGUUUUGAUCUGGAAGGCGAAUCUGGGUUAGUGGUACGAGCCAUAGGAACAGCGUGUACACUGGAUAAAUUAAGUAGCCCAGCAGCCUUCCUUCCUGCAUGUAAUUCCCCAUCCAAAGAAAUGAAGGAGAUUCCCUUCAAUGAAGAUCCCAAUCCCAACACUCACUCAUCAGGACCCUCAACCCCUCUGAAAAACCAAACUUAUUCCUUUUCACCUUCCAAGUCCUACAGUCGACAGUCCUCUUCUUCUGACACAGAUUUGAGUUUGACACCCAAAACUGGAAUGGGAAGUGGUAGUGCUGGAAAAGAAGGGGGGCCCUUUAAAGCUCUUUUAAGACAACAGACUCAGUCAGCAUUGGAACAGAGGGAAUUUCCAUUUUUUACCUUGACGGCGUUUCCUCCUGGAUUCCUCGUGCAUGUCGGGGGAGUUGUUAGUGCACGCUCUGUGAAGCUUUUGGAUCGUAUCCACAAUCCUGAUGAACCAGAAACUCGAGAUGCAUGGUGGGCAGAAAUCAGACAAGAAAUAAAAUCACAUGCCAAAGCAUUAGGCUGUCAUGCUGUAGUGGGCUACAGUGAAUCAACUAGCAUUUGUGAAGAGGUCUGUAUUUUAUCUGCAUCCGGCACGGCAGCUGUACUGAACCCUAGAUUUCUGCAGGAUGGCACCGUGGAGGGCUGUUUGGAACCGAGGCUAGAAGAAAAUUUGCCUGCAGGCUGUGGAUUUUGCCAUAUACCAUAUGAUGAACUGAAUAUGCCAUUUCCAGCUCAUCUCACAUAUUGCUAUAACUGCAGGAAACAAAAAGUUCCCGAUGUUCUCUUUACAACUAUAGACCUCCCAAUGGAUGCAGCAGUUAUUGGAAAAGGUUGUCUCAUUCAAGCAAGGUUGUGUCGCUUAAAAAAGAAGGCACAAGCAGAAGCAAAUGCCACAGCUAUCAGUAAUCUGUUGCCAUUUAUGGAAUAUGAAGUGCAUACUCAGCUAAUGAAUAAACUAAAACUCAAAGGAAUGAACGCUUUAUUUGGACUGAGAAUUCAGAUCUCAGUGGGUGAAAAUAUGUUGAUGGGCUUAGCGUCAGCCACAGGUGUGUAUUUAGCAGCUUUACCAACGCCUGGUGGUAUUCAGAUUGCUGGGAAGACUCCUAAUGAUGGCUCGUACGAGCAGCAUAUAUCUCAUAUGCAGAAGAAGAUAAAUGACACGAUUGCUAAGAAUAAAGAAUUAUAUGAAAUCAAUCCUCCGGAGAUAUCUGAAGAGAUUAUAGGAUCACCCAUUCCAGAACCUAGACAACGCUCAAGACUUUUGAGAUCUCAAUCAGAAAGCUCUGAUGAAGUUACGGAAUUGGACCUUUCACAUGGGAAAAAAGAUGCAUUUGUUUUGGAGAUCGAUGACACAGAUGCUAUGGAAGACGUACAUUCUCUACUCACUGAUGUUCCGCCUCCUUCAGGCUUUUAUAGUUGUAAUACAGAAAUUAUGCCUGGUAUAAAUAAUUGGACAUCUGAAAUACAGAUGUUCACAUCAGUAAGAGUAAUCCGAUUAAGCAGCCUUAAUCUAACUAAUCAAGCCCUCAAUAAGAAUUUUAAUGAUCUCUGUGAAAACUUGCUCAAGAGCCUGUAUUUUAAACUACGGUCUAUGAUCCCCUGCUGCCUUUGCCAUGUAAAUUUUACAGUAUCUCUCCCUGAAGAUGAAUUAAUUCAGGUUACAGUCACAGCAGUUGCAAUAACUUUUGACAAAAAUCAGGCUUUACAGACCACAAAAACACAUGCUGAGAAGUCAUUGCAAAGAGCCUCUACAGAUAAUGAAGAACUUCUGCAGUUUCCCCUGGAACUCUGUUCAGAUUCACUUCCUUCUCAUCCUUUUCCACCGGCUAAAGAACACCUGGAGAGUGCAAGUUCUAACUCAGGUAUACCAGCUGCACAGAGAGCAACGUCAGUUGAUUACAGUUCCUUUGCAGACAGAUGCAGCAGCUGGAUAGAGCUCAUUAAACUGAAAGCUCAGACCAUAAGGCGUGGAUCAAUUAAGACAACUGUGACAGUCGAAAAAGCAAGUCCAGUGGGUGAAGGAAAUUUCCGGAAUCGUUCUUCUCCACCUUGUGCAAAUUCUACAGUUGGGGUGGUUAAGAUGACACCUCUUUCCUUCAUUCCUGGAGCAAAAAUAACGAAAUAUCUUGGGAUAAUUAACAUGUUUUUUAUUCGGGAAACCACUUCUCUUCGUGAGGAAGGAGGUGUCAGUGGUUUUCUCCAUGCUUUUAUUGCUGAAGUGUUUGCGAUGGUGAGAGCUCACGUGGCUGCACUGGGAGGGAAUGCUGUUGUCUCCUACAUAAUGAAGCAGUGUGUCUUCAUGGAGAAUCCAAAUAAAAACCAGGCACAGUGUCUUAUAAACGUAAGUGGUGAUGCAGUGGUUUUUGUUCGUGAAUCUGAAUUAGAAGUGGUGUCAACUCAGCAACCUGCUGCCAACUGCCAGCCCUCAUGUACUGGAGGAGAAGUUACAACCUGAAGUCAGUUAGAAAGAAUGAGCUCCACUAAAUGACAUUCAUGGGUCUCCUUUGUUUUGUCACUCAUUUAUCUUACUAGACAUAAAAAAUGAACUUGAGAGAAUUGAGGAAGAAUUGAUACAUUCUGAGUAUAUUUGAUUUGUUUGGGAUCACUUGGAGGCCUGAGAAUUUUCAAAUCUUGACAUUUUAUUUUGGCCAGCCUAGACAGACAGGCCCCGUGGAGCUUUGACCCCACCUCCCCACCCAGGAAGUUCAGAUAAAUUUCUCUGAGAACUGUAGUAAAGAUGGAAGCUAUGUAUAAUUUAUGUUGAUUUUAAUAAAAUCAUAAUUUAGAAAAUGAAAUGGUAAGAUUAUCAGUAAAUUAGGAUAGCUAUCCUAGUGUAAUUUAGAAAAACUAAGCAAGAAAUGAACAAAUUGUUAAUGAGUAAGUAAUCUGAUUCGAGGAAUGUAUAGGGAAAAUGGAGAAAAGUUUUCAGAAAGCUAUGUGGGUUUCUGAAUAUGUUAUUUUGAUGAGGAAUUUGGUAACAACUGAAAGGGAAAAUUGCUUCAGCCGUCUUUGAAAAAGAAGUUAAAAUUCUGCAACUUGUAUCCCUAAUAUGUCCUAACUACUGGAAAAGAAAAGUAAUUUAUCAGAGCCAGUGUCCUUCCAUUGGAAGUUUAAAUAAGGGAGGAGGAAAAAAACUACUAUGUAACUUCGUUUCUAGCCAAGUUUCAAUUUGUGUUUAAUUUAUCUGGAAGAGGCUUGGCUUCAGCUGGGAAGAAAAGGCCAGUGAAUUUUGUUGAAGUAGUUAAAAUAUAAUUGAUCUAGAAGGAACAUAAAAUUAUUUUCUAAUAAAGUCAUACUGUACUCCCACCAAAUAAACAGAAUUUUAGUAAUAUCUUAGGGAUUUUUGAUGGUGAGUUAGACUGUAUUUGGCAUAGAGUUUGGAAAUGUAACUUGAAUGUAAAUAUGCUGCAGAAUGUUGAAUAUAUAGAUAGAAAUACUUUUUUUGUCAAUGCCAAAUACCUAUUACAAAUGAACCUUUAAAAGUACAUUCCUCCUUUGCACAACAAAAGUUCUUUAUAAAACUCAUGAUUUUGCUCUUCCAGGAUAACAACUGCCCUAAAGAUU